CACUCCAGUUCUGAACUCCCAAGGCAUCUGGGCCUCCCUAGAAGGGACUGUAACACUGAAAGCACAGCCAUGCCAACCAAGACUCUUACCUAUCUCUUUAAGAAUUUCAGACCAAUCGAUCUUCCUGUCUCUUUAAGAGUUAGGUCCUAUCGAUGUGGCUGGCCCUUUAAGGCGACGUUGGAGCAAAGAAUGUCGGCUAGAGUAAGGGGGAUGUCCUCCGGGACCUGGUGGCUCCACCUCCCGCCAGACAUCGAAUCGGCUGCUUUUGGGAGCAGAUUUCCAGGAAGGAUGUCUUCCUUGGUUGUCUGCUUCGCACAAAUGGAAAUUUCCCCCAAUUCUGCUCCAAAAGCGAGCGGGCUCCGAGCGACCCCCUCCACGCUCCCGCGCACUUGGGCGCGUCCGAGUGAGGCCCCACCCCUUCGGUUCCACGUGGUCCUCGGCCGGGCCGCAGUGGGUCUGGCUGCGGGCGUGCGCAAGUCCUGCUUACGGGAUGGCAGGGACCCCGUCCGCCGGUGCUGCUCGGUUCUCUUGUCCCCCCAGUUUUACCGCGACGCCUCCAUCCUCAGAGCCCACUCGUUUCUCCUUGGAGGCGCUGACGGGCCCCGAUACGGAACUGUGGCUUAUCCGGGCCCCUGUAGACUUCGCCCCGGACAGCCUCAAUGGGCGUCUGGUGCCUCUCUCUGGCUCCCAGAUCGUGAAGGGCAAGGUGGCAGGCAAGAGACACCGCUACCGGGUCCUCAGCAGCAGCGGCCCCCAAACUGGAGAAUCAACCCUGCUGGCCCCCUCAGGAGAGGCAGGAGGUGGACUCACCUGUGCCCCAACCCCCAAGGGCAGCCUAAGGAUCUUAGAAGGUCCCCCAAAAUCCCUAUCGGGGAUUCCGCUGCAUCCCAUUCCCGCAAACCCCCCACCACAGAUCCCCCCUGGCCUGAGGCCUCGGUUCUGUGCCUUUGGGGGCAGCCCACCAGUCACAGGGCCUGGGUCAGCCUUGGCACUGAGGUCGCCAGCCUCAGGGAAGAGGAAGAAGAGGAGGCAUGUGCAUGAGGCCUCCGUUCCUCAGGAGGCAGUGAAUGGGCAUGGGACCCUGGAGGCAGACACAGCUUUGGGGUCCUCAGAGACGGUUGUGGGGAAGAAGAAGAGGAAGCAGCAGCAUCCAAAUGACCUGGGGGUGAUGGAGCCAGUGGCAGCAGAACCCACGGCUGUGGUGUGGGAACCUCUGGGGGUGCCCUUUCCGUCCCCCAGCAAGAGGAAGAAAAAGAAGCCUAAAGAGACAGAAACAGAGACACUGGAGCCAGAAGAAAAGACUGUGGAGCUGGAACUCGUGGUGAAAACUGAGCCUCUGCAAGAGACAGUCCUAUCCCCCACCAAGAAGAGGAAGAGACAGAAGGGGACCAAAGGGACGGAGCCAGUGGAGGGGAUGAGAGUUGAGUCUCAGCUACAGGUGAAGGAGGAGCCACAGGAGGAAGCCAUCCCACUGCUGUCCUCAAAGAAGAAAGGAAAGGGGUACAAAGUGCCGAUGGAGCCAGGGACUGAGGCUGUAGAGCCAGAGGUGAGAACUCUGGAGCUCCACGGGGAGAUGAUGGAGCCUGGACUGCAGCAUGAAGUUGAGCCCCAGGCCGAGGCAGCGCUGGCAUCCACCAAAAAGAGGAAGAAGAAAGAAAAAUGGCAGAACUCAGUGAUGGAGCCAAAGACAGAGGCGGUGGAGCCCCAAGAGGAGGUGAUGGCGCCUGAGCUGCCAGGUGACCUUGAGCCUCAGGCAGCUCCAGCAUCCACCAAGAAGAAAAAGAAGAAAGAAAGAGGGCACAAAGCGACAGAGCCAGGGACUGAGGUGACUGACCCACAAGGUGAGAUGAUGGAGCCCGAGGCCAGGGCAGAUCCAGCACCCACCAAGAAGAGGAAGAAGCGGGGCCAGGAAAGCGGGGGGUCAGAGAUGGCAUCCCAGGAGGAGAUGUCAGAGCCGCCACUGAAUCCAGAGUCUUGGGAGGUGGCUCCUGUGAGACAGGAGAAGAAGAAGAAGAAGAAGCUGCAGUAGGAUCCUGCACAGCCUCCUCCAGGGAAACUGACAGCUGCUAAGAAAAGCUGGGGCGGCCGCCUGGCCUGUCAGAAGAUGAGAGCAGAGAACCCCUUCCGGCGGUUGGACCAGCACGCCAGCAGGAGCCUGGACCGGGAACAUGCUUUAUUAUUACACAGAGGGCCUCCUUGGCAGCUGAGGUCAUCGGGGCACUUUCAAGAAGGGCUCAUGUAGGACAUCAAACAGCCUACGGGCCUGGGUGGAGGAGAGAAAGAAAGGAACUAGUCAUUAAAUGAGCCAUUAUUUGGUA